GACGUUUUUGCAUCGUAUCCCGCUCUCCACCCAGGCUGUCGCAACUCGGGUUGUUGCUGUGGCCGAAGUUUUCUUGAGGGACAUGGCCGGAAUGCAGAGUCCGAGCUGGGGGGACCGCGAAGUUACCUCUGCAGUCACCUCUAGCGAGCACCUGAUCCCAGACCGGUCGUGUGGCCUCCGGCAAGAAGAUGUAGAGUUGCAAAGAGAGAGAGAAGAUGAGAAACAAAUGAUAAAAAGCAGCAGUGAGUGUAAUCCCCUGCUGCAAGAAACCCUUGCUUCUGCUCAGCUUGGUGGUGCUGCAUUGAUGGAAUGCCAUAAAUCUGUCCCGUGUGGAUGGGAAAGAGUUGUGAAGCAAAGGUUAUCUGGGAAAACAGCAGGAAGAUUAGAUGUAUACUUUAUCAGCCCACAAGGACGGAGGUUCACAUCCAAACGUUCACUUGCUAAAUAUCUUCACAAAAAUGGAGAGACUUCCCUUAAGCCAGAAGACUUUGAUUUUACUGUACUUUCUAAAAGGGGCAUGAAGUCAAGAUAUAAAGACUGCAGUGUGGCAACUUUGUCAUCCCAGCUGCAAAAUGAAAGUAACAAUUCAACCUUGAACCUCAGGACACGAAGCAGGUGGAAAAAAGAUAUGUUUCCUCUACCAAGUAGUAGUUUAGAGUUGCAGGAUAGCAGAGGACUGUCUGACUUGACUUCCAAUCAUUUAUUUUUGAAAGAAGAUGAGGAUGUGAAUGAUGUUAACUUCAGAAAGUCUAGAAAGCCCCAAAGAAAAGUGACUAUUUUGAAAGAAACUCCAGUUAAGAAGACCAAAAAAGGGUGUGGGAAGAGUCUUUCGGAUUCCGUUCAAAGUAAUAGAAAAAGAAAAUUUGUGGAUAACAGAGCAGACGCUGAGAUUGAGCCUACUGCACAGGAAAAUCCGCUUGAGAGAACUUCCUGCAUUUCUGAUGCCAGAGCAAUUGACAAGACUCUCAAUAUGACCAGUGAAGAAAAGAGCCUUGUGAAAGAAAAAUCACUGAGUUCAGGAUCAAAUUUUUGUUUUGAGCAAAUAACUUCUGGCAUCGUAAACAAUAUAUGUCUAAACAAAGAAGCAGAACACAGUGAGAAGCAUGAGGAUACCUUUUUAGAAUCUAGGGAAGUCACAACAAAAGUAGAAGUUGGGGAAAGGAAGGAACGUUUGCAUACUGACAUUUUAAAAUGCAUCUCUGAGAUGGACAACAACUACUCACCAAGCAAGAAAGAUUUUACUGCUGAGAAAACUUUUCAAGAAGAUACCAUCCCACGAACACAAAUAGAAAAAAGGAAAACGAGCCUGUAUUUUUCCAGCAAAUACAACAAAGAAGUUCUUAGCCCCCCACGACGCAAAGCCUUUAAGAAGUGGACACCUCCUCGGUCACCUUUUAAUCUUGUUCAAGAAACACUUUUUCACGAUCCAUGGAAGCUCCUUAUUGCAACUAUAUUUCUCAAUCGGACCUCAGGCAAAAUGGCAAUACCUGUGCUUUGGGAGUUUCUGGAGAAGUACCCAUCAGCUGAGGUAGCCAGAACUGCAGACUGGAGAGACGUGUCAGAACUUCUUAAACCUCUUGGUCUCUAUGAUCUUCGAGCAAAAACUAUUAUCAAAUUUUCAGAUGAGUAUCUGACAAAGCAGUGGAAAUAUCCGAUUGAGCUUCAUGGGAUUGGCAAAUACGGCAACGACUCUUACCGAAUUUUCUGCGUCAAUGAGUGGAAGCAGGUGCACCCUGAAGACCACAAGUUAAAUAAAUACCAUGACUGGCUUUGGGAAAAUCAUGAAAAAUUAAAUCUGUCUUAACUUUUAAGUUUUCAAAGUCGUCUUUUAUGCAUAGCUUUGCACUUUAAUUCUUAAGAGUGUCAUUAAGCACAACUACUUUUCCAGCCAUAUAGAUUUUAAGUAUCCCAGCUAGAAGCCCAGUGUGUUUUUUCUUCAUGUGUACCACUAGUGGAUCUUUUCUACUGAAUGUGCUCAAACAUGUUUUGAGAUUUUUAAAAAAAUAAAUUGUUAUUUGACAACAA